ACCCUUCGCACAACCUCCGCUUGUUCAACCUUGUUUCAGUCGACAACACUUUGCCAAGGCCAAUCAACUCCAUCAGCACAGGAUAUUCAUUCCUAUACACAAUCUGCAAUUGAAGCACUGUCAUGGUGGUAUAUCUAGCACAAACGCCAUCAUUGUACAUCCACCACCUUGAAGCUCGCCACUCCUUGACACAAAUCCCUUCAAUAUGACCAAUGCCUCGAACGAUCCCAGUCUGUGGCCGCUGAUUUAUUCCUAUCGUAUUAUCAGCUAUGUUGUAGUCGCAGCCUCUACUGCAGUGGUAUAUAAUUGGACACUCACAAUCAGACAAGAGGUUGAAUUAAUCUGGAGGCAACGCUGGUCGCUGAUGACGGUCCUAUAUCUCACUCUGCGCUCAGCUGGAAUAUUAUUUUGCGUCCUCAGCAUACUAUCGACUAACCAAUCGAUCUCGCUGACAGACAAAGUGAGUACUAUUCUCGCUUUCACACAAGCGUGGACAUCUUUCGUUGUAUAUAUCAUGUUGGGUGUUAUUGUCAUAGCUCGUCUGCAUGCUAUGUACCACUCCAGAAAGAUGCUCAUUUUUCUAGUGAUAGUCUUCAUGGUCGUCACAAUUGCCUGUGGAUUGGUUAUUGGGAUAGUAGGCAUGAAUUUUCAAUAUGGGGAGACUGUCUUGUCCGGCACCUAUCAGUGCAUUGGCGAAGGAUCCCAGUAUUCGGGCAGACUCCUAGUAGCUGUGCCUUGGGUAUUUUACACUACAUGGGGGAUCAUUGGACUGUCUCUUGCAGUCUGGGUUGCUUUCAGGCACUUCCGUGAAAUGAAACGAUGGGCCAUCGAGGACCGUCGCACGGCGCUGAUAAAAAUGCACGUGAUUUACUUUACAAUAUUUUCUGCUGCUGCUUGCUUGAACCUCGGCUCGCUUUCUCCACGAGUAUCUGUACGCCGAACCAGCUGUAUCGAUACUGAUUACUUAUUAUUUUUUACAGAACUUGGCUUCUGUGGGAGUUGAUGUUUAUUAUGGCGUCAUCGAAAUUGUCCUGUUCGUACAGAUGUUUGUUCUGGGACCAUGUCUCAUUCUUCACAUCCGAGCAUACAACGAUCACCUUGCGACCACUUCUGACGCAGGAAUUGGCAUACCAUUGCUUUCCAGAAGCGCACCCACGACACAUCGACUGACAGUGAUGUAUGACACAGGAGACGAACAUCAGGUGCCGGGUAUUCUGCAGGGGGCAUGAAAGGCUCAUCGUUGUAUAGACGAAUUGGUAUUCAAGUGGGCUUGAAAUAGAGAGAUAGGUGUGGAAAAAUCGGAGUCAUCAUAUCGAUGACGUGGCGGACUCGUUUUCUAUUAACUGAACUCUUCCCGGUGAUUUGGACAGAGCUCGGACUAGGAAGGAGGAAGGGAAUUCGGCUUGAACUAUAAUUUAUUACAGCAUGUAAAGGAGCUAUUGGGAACUUAUACCAUUUGUGAACAUUUCAGGUU